GUUAUGGAGGCUGGGUGAGGCUCGCCCUGUGGAGUCAUGUCCUCUCCUCACACUCAGGCGGAGUUUUCUCCUCUUCUUUACACUCGUUUCUUAUCUUCCUCUGCGCAAACUUGAAAGAAAGACGACGUGCUAACUCGGAGUGUGAACAUUUAUAACAUGGUGUCGAUAAGAGACAUGUAAAGGACUGGACGGGCUGUACGAGAGAGAGAGAGAGUGAGAGAGAGAGAGAGAGAGAGAGAGAGAGUUAGUUCAGAUGAGUCGACUCCAGUCCUGGAUUUUUCUUUGCAGAAAGUAAAUGUUGAGUCCCAGCGUGUGAGCAUCAUGAUGGCCUUAAUGUGCCUCAGCCUGUCAUCUCUGCUUGCCCUGGUCACGGCAGGAGGAGUAAGGAACUGCCACCUGAAAUGCCGCUGCGAGGUGGAGAGCUACGGCCUGUUUGACAGCUUCAGCCUCACCAAAGUGGACUGCAGUGGGCUCGGACCGGAUGCCACUCCCAUCCCCAUUCCUCUAGACACGUCCCACUUGGACCUGUCCCACAACUCCAUUAGCUACAUCACAGACUCCAUGCUGUCAGGACCCGGAUACACGACUCUGGUCAGCUUGGAUCUCAGCAAGAACUUGAUAUCAAGAGUGAGCUCCAAGGCCUUUAACAAACUGCGCUACCUGGAGACUCUGGAUCUCAGCCAGAACGUUCUAGAGAACCUCAGCGAUGGAUGUUUCUCUGGGCUCCCUUUGGCCGAGGUGGAUCUCAGCGACAACGAGUUUCGUGAAUUUGACCUAAAUGUGUUCAAGACACGAGGCCAGGAAACCCCUAUCAGCGUAGAUCUUUCUAACAACCUUCUCAGCAUGGUUUCGUGUAACCCUCGGCUCCAUGCUCCAUUCAUCAAGAGCCUGUUGCUGGCAGGCAAUCAGCUCAGGACAGUGCCCAGUCUUGCAGGAAUUCCCUUGCAGUAUUUGAGUCUGGAUGGAAAUCUCAUCCAAAGCAUAGAUGAAGGAGCCUUUGAGGAGCUGACAGAUCUCGUCUAUCUCUCUCUCAGCGGCCUCCCCGAGCUGUCAGUGAUCCAUCCCAACAGCUUCAGAGGCCUGAGGAAUCUCCAAGUCUUGGACAUUUCAAACAAUGUCCAGCUCAAGGCUUUGAAUCCAGAUGUGUUUGAAGGACUGAGCGCUUUACAGGAGCUCAAUCUGUCCAAAUCGGUGGCCACUCCGUUACCUGUGGCCAUCUUUAACCACAUGCCGAGUAUUAAAAGUGCGACUCUGGGGCCAAAUAUGCAUUGCUGGAAAACACACAAGCAAGGACAGUUUCAUAGGCAGAUUGGACAGGCGAAAGCAAACGAGAUUUUGACUUGUGAUGUUCCAGGAAUCAUAUUGUAAAAAAACAACAACAAAAAAAAAAAACGCUUGAAAAGUCAGUAAAAAUUAUAUUUUUAUUUUCGUGCCUUAUUUCUCUGAGACUGAUAUUUUCAUUUUGGCCUCAUUUAUCAAUCUGAAAUUAUUUUCUUAAACAAAACCAAAUUAAAAAAAAGAUACAUUCCAGAUUUACAAAUAUAAUGUUGAUUGUCUAAUGUUGAUUUAUAACAAUAAUGUUGAUUGUCUUAGUACUAGCACAUACACAACACAGAUUCUGACGUUUUAGCCACACCCACAAGACUCCAUAAAAGGCAAAGCUCACAAACAGCUAAAAAGGAAUGAUGACUAAACAAAACCUUCCAAUAAUGCAGCUCGGCCACCUCAGAGCAUCAGCUACCAUGAUAUUUUACCACUUCAUGCUUGUAUAGGACACUGUUUCCUUCUUUUGUCCAAACUGAUCGAACAGCUAGGGUUAUUUAUUUACUUAAUUCGUGAUUAGCUUUCUUUGAAGAUUUUUUUUUUUUUUACUAAACUGGUUUGUUUAACUGAAAUAAAUGAUUCAACCUUCUUUGGUGUAAUUUCUAUAUUGGAUUGUAGUGCCUCAGUAGUUGAUCGGUCGAGGUUCACGUUAGCGACUUUCCUAACAACUUAAAUUUAUAAAAAUCGCUGACGAAUUCCAAAUUCUCCUGUGAAAGAUCCACUUCGUAUCCACGUCGCUAAAUGAGGUCCGCUUGAGGUUUUUUGCACAUGAAGCCAACCGAGUUUCAUAAAUUUACACGUUUUCAGUGUAUUUUUAUACAGAUGUACGUAUAUACACACUAUUAAGACUCCAUUAGGAGCUCGUAUGCACUUUAAGUAGAACUGGUCUUUGUGUUCUUGUUACAUUACUUAUAUAAAUCCUUUCCUCUAAGCAUUUACCAGCUUGUCUGUUAUACCAUUAAAAAGAAAAUAAAUAAAUAAAAAUGAAGGCGCUGGAUUUUUACAUUCCACCUGAGGCAACUUUGAGAACCACUUUAUACAUUCUAACCAAAGCUGAAUGAAAUAUCAGUGCCUUAAUGCACCUAAAUGGUUCACACUUGGCACCAAUGGGAUACUUAAAGCAUUUGCACACACUUUGGACUUUUAUAAGCAAAGUAUUGACCACAGUCUGAACCAAAUCUGCUCAUAAACGUCGACUCUUAAUCUGGCGAUUUGGCCGGCGAGCUGAAAUAAAGACCUGAACUUUGUGAAUAAUUUCAACAUCAUCUUAUGCUCAUGGCAUUCAAUCGAAUGUUUAAUUCAAUUCUGCAUUUCAAGUCCAAAUCUUUUGCACUUUAUCAUACAAACAGACAUGAAUUAGAAUAACAUUUGUAAUUGUGGUUUUGUAUAGAAUUGUACAUUUCUACCAAACUCUGUAAAUUUACUGGAUAAAUAAAAUAGUUUUUUUUUGGACA